UCACAGCUCGUCCUUGUUUGGCCUCAGCUGCAUCAGAGCGCCACUUCUCCCCAGGUUCACCAGAGGAAACACCACUGCACAAAAUGCUUUUCCUCCCAGCUGCUGCUCUGUGCUGUCUGUGUUCAGCGCUGGUUGCCAUGGCAGCAGAGCUGAGUCAGGAUCAUUUAACAUUGACCAGGAGAGUUGGUCAAACCGUCUCCUUCAGCUGUGGAGGAACUCAACAGUGUGACUUAGAUUAUGUAUUCUGGUACCAGAAGAAAGACACAGAAACAUUCACACGGAUUCUGUAUAUUGAUAGUGAUGGUGACAUAGAUAAAAGUUACAAUCAUCCUCAGGAAGAUGAUUUCUCAGCUGUGAAUAAAGGGAACGUCUAUGAGUUGCAGAUCCAGACAGUUAAACUCAGUCAUUCAGCCACCUACUACUGCGCCUGUUGGAAGUAUGCUCCCCACAUCGUUCUGGCUGUUCUAGACAUUCAACAGCAGACAGGUUUUUGUAUUAGUCUCUCUCACUGUGCUGACAGUGGAGACUACUACGACAUCUUUGGCUCUGGAACUAAACUGUAUGUAACAGAUGAGCAGAUAGUGAAGCCCGUGGUGAGCGUGUACCCAGCAGCAUCCAGAGCCCACCUGGAGGGGAAGAGCUCCCUGCUGUGUGUGGCCUCAGACAUGUUUCCUCCUCUGGUCCGGUUCUCCUGGAAAAGACAAAAGGACAAUGGUACUGAGGAAGACGUGACCUCUGCUGAGGGAGAGCAGCUGGAGCUCAGAGAGUCGGGACGCACCACCUCCAUCUUGCUGAUCCCUCAGCGAGAGAACAGCACAUAUAAAUACCGCUGCUCCGUCCAUCACGAGGGGUUCACAGUGGAGGCCCAAACAGAACAAGAGGUUCCAGCUCCAGCAGCCUCCUGUCCUCCAGAGAGAGAGCCAGCAGACCUGCCAGCUCUGCAGCAAGCUGACUUGUCCUUCCAGUCUCAGUGCCAGGUGAAGCUGCUCUGUCUGAUGUACACAGUGCUGAUAGUGAAGAGUCUGGUGUACUGCUGUGGACUCUCUCUGCUGAUGAUCCUCAGAAACAAGGGACCGUCCACCAACUGCACACAUGCUGACUGACUGUUUUCUGCUCUCCUUUUCUCUCCAUCAAAUCUCAUCAAUUCAUCUCAUUUAUCACUUUGAUCAGCAGACAGAAAUACCAAUUUAGAUUUAUUUUUUAUGUUUGUGGUUCAUUGGGAAACCUAUCUUUUAAAAAACAGGUUCAAUAAAGUACUCCAGAAAAUAUAAAUACAUACACAUACACAUAUAUAUUUGAGGUUGUUAGUGUAAAUUCUUUGCUACUGUAGUGUUAGUUUAGUUUAGUUUAGCUCUAGUUUAUUUCCACUUUUAAUUGUGACUCGUAUAAUCAUAGAAAAGCUGAAUCAUUAUCUGUCUGCUAGAUAUUUACUGUUUAUAUUUUCUAUGUUCUUAUUUUCUGUUCUUGCAUUGUAUUUGUGAAUUUCAGUUUGGCUUCAUAGCAAAAAAUAGAAACACAAUCAGUGUCACUGGCUUUAGUGCUGAGGCCCUUUUAUAACUGUGUCAGUGUGGAUGUAAAUCUCUACGCUGACGACACUGCUGACAAACAGCAGAGCGAGCUGCUUUGAAGCUACAACUGCUAUAAAAUGAUGAUACAGCAGCUUGAUCAGUUUCUAUUCUUAUUUGUAACAUGUUAAGAAUGAACAAAUAAAUUAGAAAUUGUCUUUGUAUUGAUGAUGUUAAUGUAUGCAGGCUAUGAUCCUUUCCCACAUGUCCUAAUAUGUUGUAUUAUGUUACAAGUUGGAGUCAGGCUGGAGAAACUGUCAUUAAACUGUCACCUUUACAGAAUCAAUAAAACAGUUUGAAUUAAAGACAACUUUCACAGUGAGUACUGAGAGCUGAAAUCAAA